AUGGCGUCCAAGAUGGCCGCUAAACCUAUUAAUGAUGAUAACUAUUCGAGCAAUAGAAGAUCAAGCAAAGUUGCAACUGAGGAAGACCAUAGUAAUUUUGAUAGAGAAAUUGAAGAAAUGUUCAAGGUAUUUGAUCGAAACGGCGACAAAACAAUCUCUAUUGAAGAGUUAAGAAUGGGACUGAAAUCCAUGGGGACGACCUUCACCUACAAGGAGGCCAUGUUGGCGGCAAAGACCAUUGAUAAAGACAAGAACGGCAAAAUAGAUAUAACAGAAUUUAAGGAAUAUAUUCGCCAACAGUUUAAAAAGCAGGACAUCUCCACGCAGGCGCGUGAAGCGUUCCGUGUCUUUGACAGAGAUGGGAACGGCUCCAUUGACAGAAAAGAGUUGAAAUAUGCAAUGAAACUUCUCGGCGAGAAACUUAGCGAGAUGGACGUCUCUGAGAUGAUCACAGAGGCAGACACCAAUGGCGACGGGAAAAUCAGUUUUGAAGAGUUCUUGACGUUGUGGAAUAAGAAAAUGAAAGGGCAGGCGGAAUAACACUCGUGCACUGCACGUGCCACGCUGUCAAAGUGUCAUCGCCUCUAAGUAGAAUAUUCACACACCCAAAACGUAGCGUAUUAACGUCGUAAGAUACAAUGUAUGUCUGAUCAUUUUUCAAAUGCAUGUAGAUGUAUUCUAGUAUAUAAAUAUUGCUUAUAUAUUGGCGAAUUUUAAAUGUGGUCGUUUCAUACCAUAUUAAAGAAGAGAUCUGCAACAAGGACUUAUUAUUUUCUUUAAACGCGAAUACGAUUAUUUAUUUUGUGUGUAUGAUUAAAUAAUAUGUAAAGCAU